AUUUUCGGAGAAGAUGAGUUCUGGUGGAUACGCCGUCGAAGUUACGGGUCUGUCCCCAAAAGCAACGGAGAAAGGUCUACGAUUCUUCGCCUUCUCUGGUUCCAUCGACCAUGUCGAAAUCGUCAGGUCGGGUGAUUGUGCAUGCACUGCCUAUGUGACGUUCAAAGAUUCGUAUUCUCAGGGGACUGCUUGCUUGCUCAGUGGUGCUACAAUAAUAGAUCAAGCUGUGUGCAUAACGCGUUGGGGGCACUAUCAAGAUGAAUUUGAUUUUUGGAACAGGCCUCGGCACGAAGAUGAAACUUAUUCAACCCCUCCACAGGGAAGCUGGAACAUUCCUAGUGCCGGAGAAGUGGUGAGUGGGGCUCCGGAAGUAGUCUUGACCAUGUUGGCCAGGGGCUUUGUGCUCGGAAAAGAUGCAUUAACCAAGGCAAAAGCAUUGGACGAGUCUAACCACGUCUCGGCAAGUGCAGCAGCUAGGGUGACUGAACUGAACCAGAGAUUUGGCGUCACCGAUAAAAUUCAUGCAGGGGUUGGAGCUGUUAAGUCUGUAAAUGAGAGGUAUCAUGUGUCAGAGAUCACCAAAUCAGCAAUAUCAGAGACAGGAAGAAAAGUAGUGAACAGUAGCUACUUUUCUAACGGAGCUCUUUGGGUGUCGGGUGCUCUAAACCGAGCAGCUAAAGCUGCUGCUGAUAUGGGAAAUCAUAAUGCUAGGCAGUGAGGUAUUUGAUAAAAUCGUGUACUCUUGUUUUGUUCGUAUAUAGAACAGAAUACUGUAGCCAUUUCGUUGUUUCGAUACCUUGGUGUUAGUAUAAAUAAUGCUUGCUGUACAUAUUGAUAACCCCGAAGAACAUUACAAAGGGGAGAAAUGAAACGAAUAAUUAUUUACAAACGAUGAAGGAAAACA